AUGACAUCUAUAAGUUCGGAGGAUAUUGAGGAGGUUCAUCUCUUCGUGUUGGUACAUGGUUUAUGGGGAAAUCCGAACCAUUUGGAUACCAUCGAGAAGGUCCUUUUAAGAGCAGUGUCCGAUGUCAGUAACGAGCGCAUUGUCACCAUUAAACCUUCGUCCUUUCGGUUUUGGAAGACGUAUGAUGGUAUUCAACGUUGCUCGGAGCUGGUCAUUGCAGAUAUAUUUUAUGAAAUAGAGGCAUUGAUGCAGACAAACAAGUAUAAGGUAACGCAAUUCAGCAUGAUCGGAUAUUCGCUAGGGGGUCUUAUAUCCCGGUAUGUUAUUGGCAGAUUGUAUGGCAUGGGCUUUUUCAAAGAGGUGAGACCAGUGUUUUUCUCUACGUUUGCAACUCCUCAUGUGGGAUCUCGCUUCUACAAGAAUAAGCUUUUUGACAAAUUUGCCAACACGUUUGGUCCCGUUCUAUUCGGAAAGACUGGGCUGCAAUUGUUCUUGGUUGACUCUGAAAAAUUGCUAGUACAGAUGGCAGACCCUGAUUCUGAUUACUUCAAGGGCUUGGAGAGUUUCCAAACAAGAAUUCUCAUGGCCAACAUAAAAAAUGAUGGAACGGUGGCCUUUUACACAAGUUUCAUCACAAAUUACUCUCCAUUCGACCGCCUAGAUUAUGUCGACGUUGUGUACUUCGAAGACCUCCCCACUGCUAUUAUUGGAACACUUGCGGUCAAACCAAAGUUUGUUGACUUGCAGAACUGUCAAAAACUUACAUCUACACAAAACCACCAUGGGAAUGUUCAAGAAGAGACUUCGGUUAUACGGUCAAACAAGCUAUUGCGAUAUUCCAUCUUGCUAAUGGCAGCCACUGUUAUCCUUCCCUUUCACAUUCCAAUGGUAUUAACUGUCACCUUCUGUGUAUCCGUAUACAGCCAGGUCAAAAUUAAAUUACUCCGGCCUAUUAAACUCGACGAGCACUGGACCAAAGUGAGAGAUUCUGUCUAUCGUGGCGAAGCUGUUGACUCUGAAAACGCAAUUCAGGGUGAGGCGAGAAGACGCGAGCGUCUCAAGUUACGGCGCCAGGAAUCGAUAAGAGGAGACACAUCCAAUAUUACCGAAAAGGCAAUGAAUGGUGUGAUGCUCGCGGAGCAAAAUUUUAACGCAAGACAAGCUCAUGUCUAUGAGGAUGACAUAUCAGAGGAGGCUACUUCCAGUGAGCAAGAAUUGGUCGAUUCCGAAGCUGCGGACUCAUCUGAUUUUGAAGAGUGGGCUCGGCCAAAGGGCUCGCUCCUAGGCAAGUUUCUCAGAUACAAACAAAAGAUGAAGAUCUCGUUUGAAGAAAACGACCAAAUCAUUGAUCGUCAUGCCAGUGCCUUGCAAUCGAAAGACGAUUCCAAAGUGGGUUUAUUCUCCACCGAAUGCAAAUUGCCAGACUAUCCAGAAAAGGAUCUGAUUAUAAAGAACCUCAACAAACUAUCCUGGUUCAAGAUUCCAGUCUAUUUCGAUCUGUUCAAUGCUCACGACGGUGUUGUUGCAAGAAGCGGCGGCUUUAAGAAUCCAAGAGCCACCAGCACUCUUUUUCUUUGGGGCUCAAUUCUCAGGAAAAACAUUAAGCAGAAGGAAGCAUAA